ACUUAUUUACUAGCGAAUUGAUUCAUCGACAAGACACUUAGAAUGGUGUCUAAAAUUAUUUCCUUCUCAAUUUUAACACUAAUUGUUUCUAUAGUACUUAUAAAUUAUUUUAGUAGAGUUAAACCAAACCAUCCUCUCGCAGAUCUUAAUGUCCAAGAAAUUAUUCAAGAAUAUAAUUAUCCAGUAGAAGUGCACAACGUGGUUACUGAAGAUGGCUACAUACUAACACUCCACAGAAUUCCCCAUGGAAGAGGAAAUCACUCCAGAAAAAGAAAACCAAUUUUACUUUUACACGGUCUUCUACAAAGUGCUUGGGAUUUUGUACACCUUGGACCCAACCAAUCCUUGGCUUUCGUUUUAUCCGAGGAAGGAUACGAUGUUUGGCUAGGAAGCGUCAGAGGUACCACUUGGUCUAGAAAUCAUACAACUCUAGAUCCAGACAAAGAUGCAGCUUUUUGGGACUACACGAUUCAUGAAAUUGGGGUUUACGAUCUACCCGCUUUCAUAGAUUAUGUACUAGAAAAAACUGAGCAAAAGUCUAUCCAUUAUCUUGGAUAUUCACAAGGAACAAUUGCGUUUUUUAUAAUGGGUUCCGAAAAAACUGAUUACCUUAGUAAAAUUAAGUUUAUGGCAGCCUUCAGUCCCGCUUUUUUCCUGAGAGAUCCAAUAAGCCCGAUCGUGAAAUUCCUUGCCAAUAAUUGGAGAUCUUUACAGGGGCUGCUAAAUUUUUUUAACUACCGUGAACUAUUUGGAAGAGGCGAUCUAUUUUCAAGUUACAUGAAAUUUGUCUGCCAUGAUGAAAAUUCUGUUUUGAUCAAUCUUUGUAUACACACUCAUUUCAGUAUUUUUGGAUACAGCUACGACGAACUGAAUAAGAGUAUGUUACCUCUAACUGCUGCAAACACUCCAUGUGGUGUAUCAUUGAAGCAAUUUGUACAUGUGUUUCAAAUUGCGGAUUCUGGAGACUUUCAUCGGUACGAUUUUGGUAAUCAAGGUAAUCUAGAGAAGUACGGUCAAGAGCAACCACCACACUAUGAUGUAUCCAGAGUUACAACACCUGUGGCAAUAUAUUACUCUAGCAACGACUGGGCUGUCAAUAUAAAUAACAUGGACAGAGUAUUGAAAACGGUUCCCAAUGUGGUGAAAAGUUACAAGGUGCCUUUAGAAGACUUCAAUCACCUCGAUUUUUUGUAUGCCAAGCAUGUUGGUGAUCUUUUAUUUAAUGUUCUUUUAGAUGAUUUGUCGAAGUACUAACUCAUGUUUUUGCAAUGUAAAGCUAAAAAUAAAAUCAGAAAAGUUCUA